AUGACCACUGUCGGCGGGCCAUGGUCAUAUGCUGUUCCGCUGAAUGAGUCCAGAGAAUCUGCCGACAUUUCGAGGACCGCUUCACCUAAUCAGCGAGCCUACGGCAUCACGUACGAGCCGCAACCGCCCGCAGGCCGUGUUCAGCCACGUCGCAGCGUCGCAGAUCUACAUUCCGAAUCAGAGACGAGCAAAGCCAGAGGAGUCUCGAUGCGUGGAGGUCAUGCGAGCACCGCUUCGCGAAAGCCGUCGCGGAGCACCUUGAGGGAUGGCGCAAAGCGAGACCGCUCGCAGAAGCCUGAGGGUCGGGUCGACGACUCGGCGUGGAUCCACCGCGACAAGCUGGCCCAGAUUGAAAUCCAGGAGAUGCAGGAAGCGGGUAUCCCGGUGCGUCCACGCCGCUCGAUGAGCGCUGAUCCUGAAGGUCGUUCACGGCGGACCAGUCGCUCGAUGAGCCGCACUGGUCGGCAUGCUUCGGAGAGCCAUGACGGCAACGAAGUCGGACGCGACGGGGACUAUGCCGCUGCGUACCCUGGAACUGAGGAGCUCGAACGCAGUCGCAUCUCGAGCAUUCCCUCGGCGGUGGAGGAUGAUUAUGCUACCCAGCACGAGGAGCCCUCGGCAGAUGCACGACUCCCGGACAGCACCACCGAGGCGCCCUUUCAACGCCAGCAUGUCAUGCGCCCAAGCACUUCUCGCAUCCCUAUCGCAGCUACCACCGCGGGCGGUACCGGCCGGGAGUCUCCCAAUGACACCCGGACUGCAGGAGCAUGGAGCGGCAAGUGGGAUGAGCUUCGGAAAGAAAAAGGACGGAGCAACAGCGCGAGCAGCCACGUCCUCCUCGACGAUCUGGACACCGGGUGCGCGACUCCCCUGGAUCCGCUGGACGCCAAGGCCAAGAGCGACCAGUCGCCGCCCAAACCGCGUACGGCUAAGAAGGUAUCUCCCAAUGGACGGCAAACCUCGGCAGCGACACGACCAGGGUCGUCUCACAAACCCGGAGCUCGUGCGGUUUCGGCCAAGAGACCCGGUUCGAGUCAACGCCUGUCGGCUUCGUACCCCGAAGGCGAAGCGCCGUGGAUCUCCUCCAUGUAUAAACCCGAUCCACGUCUUCCGCCAGAUCAACAGAUGUUGCCGACCCACGCCAAACGCAUGAUGCAGGAGAUGUGGGAGAAGGAGGGCAAGACGGGCACCGUGUACGAUCGCGAUUUCAACCUGUUGAAUGAUCAGGAGCUCCCGGGCCCGAAGCCUUCCGCCGCGCCCGUGUCCGACCAAGACCACCAGAAUCAACCGCCACACGGGUCAAACGCGGCAGUGAACGGUCAGACGACAUCGCCGGCCUCUGCCGAUAUCAACUCUUGGCCCUUGACUCCAAAGAGCGACGUCCGAAGCGAAGAUGGCAACGCGAGGCCCAGCACGAGCGGUGGAUACCGCAUCACGCCCUCGAUCCCGAACAUGCCCGUCAUUGAGCGACCGUUGGGCUCUCCCACCAACGCGAACCCUAAUCCCGUCCCGCGGAUACAGGACCUCCCAGAAAAGGACGAGGCUCAGCCCAAGAAAGGCUGCUGCUGUGUCAUGAUGUGA